AUGGAUCCAGAAGCCAGGGCCAACAGGACAACAGUUACUGAAUUCGUUCUACUGGGCCUAGUGGAAACAGAAAAGCUACAUUCUCUGCUGUUCAUAAUCUUCUUCUUUGCCUACCUACUCACAGUUGGGGGUAACCUCAGCAUCCUGGCAGCCAUCUUGGUGGAACCCAAACUCCACACCCCCAUGUACUUCUUCCUGGGGAACUUGUCAGCCCUAGAUGUUGGUUGUAUCAGUGUGACCGUUCCUCCAAUGUUGGGUCGUCUUGUGUCCCACACACGUACAAUUUUCUAUGGUGCCUGCCUCACACAACUCUUUUUCUUCCAUCUUUUGGCUGGAAUGGAUUGCUUUCUGUUGACAGUCAUGGCUUAUGACCGAUUUCUAGCCAUCUGCCGGCCUCUGACCUACAGCACCCGCAUGAGCCCGACAGUCCAGCGAAUUUUGGUGGUUGUGUCCUGGGCCUGUGCCUUCACCAAUGCACUGACCCAUACUACUGCCUUGAGCACCCUCAACUUCUGUGGACCCAAAGAAGUCAAUCACUUCUACUGUGACCUGCCCCAGCUCUUCCAGCUCUCCUGUUCCAGCACCCAGCUAAACGAGCUGCUGCUCUUUGGG